UCGGGGCGGGUCCAGGGCCGGGGGCCGGAAGUCGGGGUGCGAAGCUCGCCAGGCGGGAGGGCGGCCGUUGGGGCCGUUGAUUCGCGGCGGCUCCGACCCCAAGGCUCCAGAUGGAAUCGACGCCGGAUCCCGGGCCGGGACUCUGCUGCAAGCCGGGCGGGCGUCUGGACAUGAGCCACGGCUUCGUGCACCACAUCCGACGGAACCAACUCGCCCGGGACGACUAUGACAAGAAGGUGAAACAAGCAGCCAAGGAGAAGGCGAGGAGGCGGCACACGCCGGCGCCGACGCGGCCCCGAAAGCCCGACCUGCAGGUGUACCUGCCGCGACACCGAGAUGGCUCUACCCACCCAAGCAAUCCAGACUGUGAGGAAUCCGGUGAAAGCAGCAGUAGUGGCAGCUCCGAGCCAGAGCCUUCUGGCCAUCAGCUCUUCUGUUUAGAAUAUGAGGCAGACAGCGGAGAGGUCACCUCAGUUAUCGUGUAUCAGGACGAUGAUCCAGGAAGGGUGAGUGAGGAGGUGUCAGCACACACGCCUCUGGACCCACCCCUGCGAGAGGCCCUCAAGUUGCGCAUCCAGGAGGAGAUUGCAAAGCGCCAGAGCCGACAUUGACCAGACUGAAGGCAUUCUCAACAGGCUGGAUUCACUGCCCAGGGAGCUCACUCCUGGUUUGGGGGUGCCAAGACCAGUUUGAACUGAUCUCGAGACACACACACACACACACACACACCGACACACCCCAAGCUGACACAUCCAUAGGAAUAAGGUCUUGCAGGGACAAGCCUGGCCACCUCCUUUGCAGCCAUUCUUUCUUGUAUCUUGGCCCAUUUGACCAGCCUAGUAUUCUGGAAUUCAAAAAUUUUGUUUGGCUAGCUUGGCGUCCUGGAAGCAGAGAUUCCAGGGAGAACUGAGGUUUAUAAUAGCUUGUGCUAACAUGCUGCUUUCUUACUGAGGUCAGAUGCCAUAGGACACCUAGCUGCUGCACUCCACCCAGCUCACUGAACUGUGUUUGUUGCUUCAUGGUUCCUUUGUUCCUAGCUUCUCACUUCCAUCCACGUUUUCCUAGGUCUUUUUUUUUCAGCUGUUUCUUUGUUCUUUCCAUUCUCUCCUCUUUUGGUCUCAGAAUCCAUGAGUUCCACCCUACCUCCCAAUAUGACUGUGCACCUCCCAACUGCUCAGGACUGUGGAGGUGGGGAGUUCUGCAGGUCUACCUUGUGGACAAGCUCUCCCACUUACUCUGAUACCAGUGAAGUGGGAGAUUUUCAUUUUGCAGAUUGCAUGGCUUUUGCAGAUUCCUCUCACACCCCCCUGCUUUGCACUGUCUAGAUAGAGCUAGAAGAUGAUGGCAGAACUAAACUGCAGGGGUUCCCUGCAGCACAACCUGCCUUGGUUAUGGCUACAGGAUUCCAGUUUUCAGCCUCCCCAGCUGUGAACAGACCAUCCUCUGCUCAGGCUAGAGAGGGAUCAGCAAAACAAGCUUGAAACGACUCUCCCAAUGUGAUAUAACAGUCUUGAAUGUACAUACAAAGGGAAAUUCAACAUAAGCAAUAAUUGCCUAUUGGGAGCCGUAGUUGCAAAAAAGAAGAAGAGGAGGAGGAGGAGGAGGAGGAGGAGGAAGAAAAGGCCCAAAGGGCAGUAAAAUGAGCCUCUUUCCUCUGCCCUUCCCCUGCCUCAGUCUUUUUCCUUUCCUAUCUCCCAAGAGUAUAUAAACUGAGAUCCUUAGACUAAAUAUCCUAGAAAUAUCACUGCUUUCACCUCAGUGAACAUUCUCCCUAAUGCAGGGUUAGGUUGAGAUCUGAGAAGUCCACAAGACGUCCUGUGCACUGCAGUUCCAAGCCACUUCAGAUUUCCAGCAACUGACCUGACCUCAGUGACUUGAAGUAUGGGGUUUAAGUGAGCCCAUGAACACUAAGACUUCUUGAAACCAAAGUCCCCCUGCCCUGGGGGUUUCUCUACAUCAGGGUCUCAAGAUUAGUCUGGCCUUUCCAUCUCAGCAGCUUUUCUCUUAAAGGACACCUGAGGGCACUGUUGGUUUGUGCCCUACACCCCUGAAGAUCUACCGCCUCAGGAAUGGGGCAAGGCAGCUACUUAAACUACAUCAUUAGAAUCUAGCAAGCCACAGCUUGCAGUACUGGAGGAAUUCUGGGAAGGUGAGUGAGGUGGAUAAGUUAGGCCAGGGACCAGAAGGUUCCUGACCCACAGAGCUGGCCUAAGGUUAAAUGCCUUAACUUGCCAGUCCUGGGCUCGGUUCUACUUUCAGAGGAGAAAGUCUGCCCUCUACUUAACUCAGCCUGGCUGGAAGUGCCUUUUGACUUCUAAUGUUAAGUACCCUCCAGAGCCUCCCAGGUCAGGGAGGCUGUGCCAUACUCUAUCCCCAAUCUUCCUGCAGCUCAGAGGACUGGGGAUUUUAGUCUUCCAGCUCUUCAACUGACCUUCCUACUUGGACAUAGGAUUUCACUGGAACUCUUAGGCUUCCUAGUCUGGAAAUACUUUUUGCAUCUGUCUUCUCACAACUGGAUGGCCUGUUUCACGGAUUUAUUACAGAAUUUAGAAACAAGACCAGAAGAAGAGGUUGGGGGCAUGGCACCUGAAAUUUUAGCCUCCAUUCCUGUUUGUGAGAAGGGAAGUGUGUACUUAUUGUGACCUUUUAUGUGUUUGUCAUGUAAUUCUCACACUCUCAGGUAAGAGACUCACAGGAACUUCUUGUUUGUGAGCUUUUUUCUUGAGGCAUUUUGCUUACCAAGUGCAUAUAAAAUAUUUUCCACCCAAGAAAGCAUCCUAACUCUUAGCUAAUUUAAGCAGCAGGACUAGAAACCACUAAGUCUGGUACUGAAAUGAGAGGUUGUCCUCUAGGGGAGGCCUGUUGGUGAUGCUGCUGCCACUGCUCCAGAUGUGCCUGAAAUGCUUCUCUGGUGACGGCCUUCUACCAGCUGACAGCCUUCUAGCUCAGGCUCUUUGCUUGUUGCCACCCUUCAGCGGGGCUCCAUGAUGGUACUGGCACCAUUUAGUGUAUUCACCAGACUUGCCUCCAGACAUCUUCCGGCAGUUUUCAAAAAUCAGUGCUUCGCCAUCAAGGAGCAUGUUCCAGAGCAUUUCCCAUGGGCUCUAGAGAUGUCACAGAGAGGUCUGCCAUGGCUAUUUGGUACAGUGGCAACCAUGUCGGACUAACUGGAGCUUUCUGGCAGGCUGCUUCAGAAUCAAUUCUAAUUUGACUAGGUACUUUUUUGGCUGUCUAAAAAAAAAAGUCUGGGAGCCUCAUAGACCUAUCUCACGCCCAUGAAUGUUCUUACCGAGGGUAGGCCUUGGAGUUUAAGGGUUUGUGUUUCCUGGGCCAUGAUGGCUGAUAUUAUAAAUAGAAGGAAUCUGGAUUUUUUAGGGGCUUUCGGCUGUAUAAGAGUAAACACUAGAGUUUGAGUUCUAGCCAGUUGGCAAGCAUAGAAGUCUUUGUAGAAUGUAAUGCAAGAAUGGAAAAGAAGAACGUAAAGCUUUUUGUACUGAGUGUAGGAGUCUGUGGAGCUUGGCCAGCCGGUAGGACCAAUGUGGGCAAUAACAAACACUUCUCCCUGUGGAUGAGACUCUGAAAGGGGCAUUCCACCUUCAUGAUCCACUCUGCAAGACACUGCCAACUGGAGAUCAGCCCGUGGGCUGGAAGAAACCGUUUGGGGUAGUGACUAUCCAGCCUGCUGUGCAUUUGCCAGGAUGCGUGGAUAGUAGAGUAGUGGAUCCCCAGCCGGUUCCCAAGUGUAACUGAGGCCCUUGCAUAUAGGAAGAGGAAGGAGGACAAUUCUCUUCCUACCUCUGAGCCUUCUGGGAGAAUCAGCAUGGAAUGUUGACAAUUAUUUGAAACAUUUUAAGCCCCCUCAUUGAAUUCCUGCCCUGUCCCUGAGAAAUCAGAUGGCCAAGACGCCAUAGGCACGUACCCCAAAUUUCUCCAGUAGUUAGAGUGACGCUAGAAGUAAAAACCUGAGUAAAUGGCUCCUUUGCCUUCUCAGUGCCACCAGAUGAGAGGUUGGUUGCUCAACUGGUUGAGUUGUGGUGUUAAAUGUGUAACAAGCCAUCUGUUCUUCUGUUUCCUCAUUUCCAAUGUUUCUUCUGUGUGGAUGGAUUAAUGAAGUGAAGUGUGCAAAUUAUUUGAAAAUCCUGGAAGAAAGGUACUUUUCAAAAACAGUAUUCUUUUUGAGCAAUAAACUUAACUAUUUUUACAGCA